AUGACGGUGUCCGCUCGUGCUCCCGUGACCGAGAUCCCCGAGGUGCACGUUACCAAACAACACACUGACGAGGCGCUCGCCGCCCAGGUCAUUCAAGCAAUUGAACUGGCAGGUGUUUGUAUUGUGCGCAACAUCUUCAGCCAGGAGAUUGUCCAUCAGAUUCUGGAUGAUCUUGAGCCCCAUGUCCCGCAGACCGACUCCUUCAUCGGGUACAAUGCCAACGGAUGCCAGAUGACGGGACUUUUGUCCAAGUCCGAGACGUAUGCCAACAAGGUGGUUGGCAACAGCAUCUACGAGCAAGUGCGCAAUCACUUCCUCAUCAGUCGAUACCGCUGCUGGGUUCAAGAAGGUAUUAACAUGGAGUUCCAAAACCCCCCGCAACUCGACUCGACGGUGUGUUUUUAUCUCAAGCCCAAUUCGCCAGAUCAGCUCCUGCACCGGGAUGACCAGACCCAUCAAAACUGGAACGGUGCGGUCGAUUCGUACGUGAACGGCCGCGACGUCGGCUGCUCCAUGUUCGCCGCGCUCACCAACUCAACGCGCGAGAAUGGGACAACAAGAUUCAUUCCGGGUAGUCACUUGUGGGAUUACCAGGACCCGAUUCCCGUGGGCAAAGAUCCACGGCUUCGAUACGCCGAGUUGGUUCCGGGGGAUUGCUUCAUCAUGUUGGGUAGCGUGAUCCACGCCAGCAGUUCCAACACCACCACGGACCGCCGCGUGCUCAUCUCCACGCACGUCACCCGGAGUCAUCUGCGCCAGGAAGAAAACCCCUACCUGACAUACUCACGGGAAGAAGUUCGCCGGUUCCCAGUCUGGUUGCAGAAGUUCAUCGGGUACAAUGUCCUUACCCCCUUGUGUGGCUGGGUUGACAAGAAAGAUCCGCGGAUGCUGGUGGACCCUAGCGCCAAAGAUGAUAUGUACGCCGGGUACGGCGAUGCUUAUCUCGAGGCCCGAGCCAAGGCAGAUCAGGAGGCGGAAAACCAAAUCGUACAGUAA